AUGGCAUUGAUUUGGCUCCUGCUUGGCCUGGCUGUCGUGGGUGCUGUCCGCGACUCGGACAUGCAGCUGGAAAGCAGUGACUCACAUGGGCACCGUGGGCACCGGAAAAGCCACCACAAGGCGCACCACCACCAUCAUCACAAGCACAAGGACAUGCACUCUGACGAGGCUGCAGAAGCCAAUGAAGGCUUUGACAGCGCUUUACCGUCCGCUCUUCCUACUCCGCCCACUCCACCUGCCCGGCAAGCGGAGCCCUUUGCUGUGGGAAGCCUGCUGACGGCCCACCAGCAUCGGCAACAUCGCCACCAUUUGGCCAGCUCUGACUUCUCUGACAGCGACGCAUGUCAAGAGGAGGUUGAUUUGCACCAGCCGCAGAAGCUGUUGGAAGCUUUGCGGCGCUGCCUGGAAGCGAGGAAAGAGCUCUCCAUCAAAACACAGGAGCUGCUGAAGGAAGAGAAAGAGGGAGGCAAGAUUUAUGCCACGGAAGUUACAGGAAUCAUGAACCUCAUCAAGAAGGUGCAGGAUGCCAACAGAAUGGAUGAGCCGUGGAAGAAGGACCACGCGCAGGUCCUGGCGCAGCUUCUAGAGCAGACAGGUGAAGCAGAGAAGGAAGCAGAGGCUGUUUGGCAAGAGAAGCCCGCAGAAGCCUGA